ACUCUUCGUAUGUUGGUGCCAGAAGCUCGAGAUCAGUUCUGAGAAUUUCUGGCUGACGCAUCCUUGGGCCCAGGCCGGAGCAAGAUGCUUAGACGUUUGAGCCGUCUUCCCAGCCUUCAGCUGGCUCGGCGCUUUUCAGCUGCCAGGUGUGAGGUGGCCAUUGUUGGGGGCGGCGUCAUAGGCGCCUCAACAGCCCUCCAUUUGGCAGCCUCCUUAGGGGAUGGCAGCAAGAUCACAGUCUUCGAGCCGGACGCCUGCUAUGCGCGCGCGUCUGCGCCGCGCUCUGCGGGUGGGAUCCGCCAACAGUUCUCGCUGCCGGUGAACGUGGAGCUGUCGCUCUACGGGAUCCACUUUCUGAAGCAGCGCCUUCGCGAGCUGUGUGAAGGUGUUGAUGUCGACACCGAUGUUCAGUUCAAGGAGCAUGGCUACCUUCUGCUUAGUACUCCUGACGGGGAGGCGGCCUUGCGGGCGAAUAACGCCGUGCAACAUGCAGCUGGCGCCGAUUGGGUACAGCUGUUGGAUGCGUCAGAGUUGAACACCAGGUUCCCCUGGCUCUCCACAGAGGGCCUUGCUCUUGGAUCCUUCGGCACACGCAACGAGGGCUACUUUGACCCAUGGGCACUGCUCCAGGCCAUGCGCAAGGGCGCGAUGGCGAAGGGUGUGCGCUUUGUUGACCAGAAGGUCACAGGGCUCCGGAGGCCUGGUAGCAGCAUCGAAGCCAUUCAGCUGGCCGAUGGCACGGAUGUGGCAGUCAGCACCGUGGUCAAUGCUGCAGGAGCUUUUGGUGGUGAAGUGGUGGCCAUGUGCGGGGACGUGACGCCCCUACCUGUGGCGCCAAGGAAGCGAUGUAUCUUCAUGUUCCACGUGGGCCAGGAGGUGACAAGCGAUGGUGUUCCCCGGCCCCCGGACAACACCCCGCUGACCAUCGAUGCCAGUGGCGUGUGGUUUCGCUCGGAGGGCUCCCGAGGACGGUUCCUGUGCGGAGUGAGCCCAAAGCCAGAGGAUGACGCGGACUGUGACGCAGAUGCGUUGGACGUCAUUGACCACGACCUCUUUGAGGAUGACAUCAUAUGGCCCGCCCUGGCGGAACGUGCUCCAGCCCUGGAGGCCAUCAAGCUCGAGUCCUCCUGGGCGGGUCUCUACGAGUACAACACGCUGGACCAGAACGGGGUGGUCGGGUGGCACCCAGAUGUCUCCAACCUGCUGGUUGCGACUGGAUUCAGCGGGCACGGCUUGCAGCAGGCUCCAGGUGUUGGCCGAGCCGUGGCUGAGCUGCUGACCUCUGGGGGGUACCAGACGCUGGAUCUCUCUAUCCUGGGCUACGAUCGUAUCCUGCGGAACGAGCCGGUGUUUGAGCGCGGCAUCUACUGACCCAGCGCAGACA